UACUUAAAUAUAUAUAUUUUUUAUUUCAAGCAAAAUGGUUGCAGCUGAGAAGGUAUUGUACAAACGAUUUACAGCUGAGACGCAUGGGCAUGAUUUGCAAGCGCUGUCGCCUCCGCAAACUUUGUCGGACCUUUCACCAAACUUUCAUCGCAAUAACAGUCAAUCGGGUGAUGAAGGCGUAAUCUUAUGUGACACAAUCUCUCGAAAAACUUUAUUUUACUUGAUUGCAACUUUAAAUGCGUCCUUUGAGCCUGAUUAUGAUUUUUCAGACGCAAAGUCUCAUGAAUUUAGUAAGGAACCUUCCUUGCCAUGGGUUAUGAACUCGGUUCAUUCAAAUUUAUCAGCUUUAGCUGGGGACCAGUACCAGGUUUUGCGUCAACCUUUGUGGUCAGCCGUAGAUGAUGAGAUUAACUUAUCGGAAUGCGAUAUAUAUAGCUAUAAUCCCGACUUAAGCUCUGAUCCGUUUGGAGAACCUGGCUGUUUAUGGUCUUUUAAUUAUUUCUUCUACAACAAGAAGUUGAAGCGCAUUGUAUUCUUUACUAGUCGCGCCGUAAAUUCACUCUACGCUGGAGAAACAUCCGAUUUCUCUAUGGAAGAAGAUCUUUACUAACGAGUUGUAGAUCUUCGAACAUUUUGGCAUAUAAGUACAAGAAGGGAAAUGGUUGGAAUUGUGUACUUCAAUGUCAUACACGCUAUAGAUGCAAACUCAUCUUUAUACGCAUCACGAACAUGAUUAUAUCUAGGAUCAAUAAUAUUUAAUCAAGUAUUUUAUUCAAAACAAUA